AGAAACCCUGUCUCACAGAAACAAACAAAAAAGUUUAUUUAAUUAUCAUGUAUGUACGAAUGUGUUUGUUGUGUGGAUACGUGUGGCUUGUUGAGUAUAUGAACGUCAGAGGGUGACUUUUGGGAGUGGCUUGUCUCUAUCUACCAUGUAGGUUCCAGGGACCCAGCUCAGACCAGCAGGUGGCAACAACUGCCCUUGUCUGCUGAGCUGUCUUGCCAGCCGGAGAAUUAAUUCUUUAGAAGCAUAGGACAUGGGGGAAAAGGAUAAGGAAGGAAACUAGGUUCUGCCAACUGCAUACGUGAUUUUGACAGUGGAAAUGAUUGUGCAAAGUUAACAGUAUAUUUUAAUUUAACCCACUCGAUCUAAAAUGUGACAGUUUCAGCAUAUAACCAAUAUAAGAUAUGAAUGGGACACUUUACUCUUAAGCCUUUGGUUGUGUGGCGUUCCCCAUCUGCGUGCUUCCUGUGUCACCUCACUGGACAGCGCAGGUCUCAGGGGUUCAUGCCUGGCUGGAGUCUAAACUCCUCCCUUCAGAACUCAGUGUUCUUCCACACUUGCUUCUGUUUAUCGUUCUUUUUCUUGCUGCUCCUCCAAGGAUUCUUACAGGGAAACCACGAGACCUCAUUUACCAUCCUGCUGCUCAUCUUUGCUCCAACUCCAGCUGUUCUUUACGCUUCACGGAGAGCCGCAGGUAGCAUGGAGGAAGUUUUCGGGCAUCCUUAACCCACAGUGUUCCUCAGUAAAGCCGCAUGCACAGCCCGGAUUAGACCUUUUGUGGGGUCGUGACAGCCAGCCCUAACUCGAUGGCAGUGGUAUUGCCUGCUCUAUCCCAGUCAGUUAAGGACACUUCCCGCAGAGGGCCCCCAGAUCUGUGUAAUCAUUUACACACAACUCCCCUGUGAUGGCUAAAGAAACUUAAUAUGAUACCAGGCAUCCCGUAAGGGCCAUUGACCUUUGCCCUGGGAUGCCUGUGAGACCCUCGUGGCCUGUCGGUGAUAUAAGGAUAAGAUAAUGGUGUUCCUGCCUUGAGGUAUUUAACCGCUUUCUUUCUGCUUAUGUAAACUUGCUAUUUAACCCCUUGCUUCUGCUUAUCACUGUGGGACUGGGAUGGAAUGGUCUUUUUAUAACUGUACAGGGAGAAAGAAAUGCAACUGAGGGGAACGGAACAAUUUUUAUGCCAGCCAUGGAUUCUAUAGCUAAUCGUAAUAUCCACCAUUGACGUCUGCCUUUGUAAACCCUUCCUUGGGCAUGGCAUGCUAUUUGGCUCUAAGGCUGCCCUUCCUUCAAUCAGAGUAAAUUCACUUCAUCUAAACUUGAAGUUAGUCUUGGCUCUUUCGUAGUGGAGUAGAAGGCCACAACACUCUCAACACAGGGGAUUCAGUUGUUCUUGUAUAUGUCUUUCUAUGUGUCAGUCUGAUUUUGUAUCUUACCCAUCUGUGUUGUGAUCGGGCACUCCACUUAGUAGCUAACCAGCAUAUACAGACAAGAUGAGAGUAAACCACCAUGUUCACUAUCAUAGUUCUCUAGUGGACCUGCUGCUUCCUUAUUUAGAGGAUUUGUGUUUGUCCUUCCCUUGAGGACAUGUACACAGACACACAUCCAGUUGCAAAGGAGUUCGGCUUAAGAAAUGACAGGAAGCUGGGUGGUGGUGGUGAAUGCCUUUAAUCCCAGCAGUUGGGAGGCAGAGGUAGGCGGAUCUCUGUGGGGAAAAAAGGAAAAAAAAAUGACAGGAAGAACUUACUCUGUUUCCCUCCUGAUUUUACAGUGGAAGCGCUCAGGUUUGAUUUAGGUCAGCAUGGCUAGCAAGUUUGUUUCAGGAGCAGUGGAAGAGGUGAGGAGACAUCUUUGAAAGAGUCUAGACUCACAGGGUUAGGUCCCUGGAUGGUUGUGGAGCGGAUGUCUCUGUCUUAGUGACAUGGUAAGCACAUGUACAGAAUGAGGGACGACACUGGCUUGGAUAGUGGCUCAAGGCUUCCAUGCGGGAAGCUGAGACUGUCCUGGUCACUGGAAUAGGAGAGAGGAACCCAUGCCAAGAAAAAGCUAAAGAGUGGAAGGACCGUCUCAGAUCUGGACAAGUUUUGACCCAAAGGAGGAAGGAGAGAGCCAGCAGCAUGGAAGCGAGAGCUCAGGAAGUCAGCAGAAGGAACCAAGAAUAGGCGCCAUGACCCCCGUGAAGACUCAGCACUCCUUGGCGGGUCAGCCGUAUGCAGUGCCCCUGAUCCAGCCAGACCUGCGAAGAGAGGAGGCAAUCCAGCAAGUGGCAGAUGCCCUGCAACACUUACAGAACAUCUCGGGAGACAUCUUCAGCAGGAUCUCCCAGCGAGUAGAACUGAGUCGCCGCCAACUGCAGACCAUUAGGGAGAGGGUCUCCCUGGCCCAGGCUAAGAUAGAGAAGAUCAAGGGCAGCAAGAAGGCCAUCAAGGUUUUCUCUAGUGCCAAGUACCCAGCGCCAGAGCGCCUGCAGGAAUACGACUCCAUCUUUACUGGUGCCCUUGACCCUGAUCUGCAGAGAAGACCCCGUUACAGGAUCCAGAGCAAGCACCGCUCACUGGAUGAGCGGGCCCUGCAGGAGAAGCUGAAAUACUUUCCUGUGUGUGUGAACACCAAGUCGGAGCCUGAGGAUGAAGCUGAGGAGGGACUUGGGGGUCUUCCCAGCAACAUCAGUUCUAUCAGCUCUCUGCUGCUUUUCAACACCACAGAAAACCUGUAUAAGAAGUAUGUUUUCCUGGACCCUCUGGCUGGCGCAGUAACAAAAACACACACGAUGCUGGGCACAGAAGAGGAGAAGUUGUUUGAUGCCCCUCUGUCUAUCAGCAAGAGAGAGCAGCUGGAGCAGCAGGCUCCGGAAAACUACUUCUAUGUGCCAGACCUGGGCCAAGUUCCUGAGAUCGAUGUGCCAUCCUACCUACCCGACUUGCCUGGCAUCGCAGAUGACCUCAUGUACAGUGCGGACUUGGGCCCUGGCAUUGCCCCCUCUGCUCCUGGUGCCAUUCCAGAACUGCCCACCUUCCACACGGAGGUAGCAGAACCUUUCCAGCCAGAACUGGAGAAUGGGGUGCUGUUGGCAGCACCACCACCGCCACCACCGCCACCACCACCUCCCCCAGCUCCCUCAGUGGUGGUCAGUACCCCCCAGCCGCCAGCGUUCCCUGAAGUGGCAACUGCACCUGGCCAGGUUGCCAGGGAAGAAGACACUAGCAGCAGCGUGGGCCACUCAGCCUCUGUUCAAGGAGCCCCUAAGGAGGUGGUUGAUCCCUCCAAUGGCCGGGCCACUCUGCUUGAGUCUAUCCGCCAAGCUGGGGGUAUUGGCAAGGCCAAGCUACGCAGUGUCAAGGAACGCAAACUGGAGAAGAAGAAACAGAAGGAGCAGGAGCAAGUGAGAGCCACGAGUCAAGGCGGGGACUUGAUGUCAGACCUCUUUAACAAGCUCAUCAUGAGGCGAAAAGGUAUUUCUGGAAAAGGACCUGGCACCGGAACCAGUGAGGGGCCUGGGGGAGCCUUCACCCGGAUGUCAGACUCCAUCCCACCGAUGCCACCCCCCCAGCAGCCCGCAGGAGACGAGGAUGAUGAUGACUGGGAGUCCUAAGAGUGCUUUGAGCCUUCUUGCACAUUCAGCAGGAACAGCCAGGAGGGACUCCUUGGCCAGCUGGGGCUUCUCAGGUUUUGUUGCCCGAGGAGGUCCAGGGGAUUAUACAAGUGUUCUGGGUUGGUGCCCGAUUUCUCUUCAUGGAGUGGGGGCUCUGUGAGCCGUCUGCUGCUUCCCUGCUUUGCUUGGUACUCCACUGAAGAGUGCCACAGCAACGUGGUGGAAUAAAGAAAGUAACUAGACCUGAACCCAAGCCAACAGUGCCCUUUUAAUAAAUGAAAGGUAGCCAUGCUGGCUGCCGACAGCUUCUUGGA